AUGUCUCGCCACGGUGACAAUCCUGUUCCCGGUGGCACUAUUCCCGACGGUACAACCCAAAGCCCAGGUGGCCCGCGUUCAACAGUCCUCUCUGCAGCGAUCCUGCAUGCAGCCAGCAUCGUGACCGAGAUCCCAGGCGAUCUUUUCAAUGCGCCAGAUGGAUCGGCUUUGAUCCACGCUUGCAACUGCGAAGGAAUCUGGGGCGCUGGCAUUGCCAUUACUUUUCGUUACCGGUAUCCCGCAGCAUACGAAAUCUACCGCCGGCACUGUCAGCAGAAUGCCGAGACCAGGUUGACCUACCACAUCAUCGACCUCGAGUCAGACAGUGAAGACAACACUGUCAUUGUGCGCCGCCCUCUCGGAACCGCCCUCAUCAUUCCUCCUCAACAAAGCGAUUUUGCCAUCAACGGCUGUGGCCACUGGAUCAUCUGCCUAUUCACCUCGCAUGGAUAUGGUCGCAACGCUGCGUCGGCCGAAAUGAUCCUAAAUGCCACCUGGUCUGCCCUCCAGGAUAUGCAGAUAGGGCUGCACCAGAUCAACCAGUUUGCUGGACCCGGCCAGCAAAUCCAGGGUCUCCAUGCCUGCCGGUUCAACUCCGGCCUGUUUGGAGUGGCGUGGUCUAGAACCCGCCAUCUGAUUGACCUGCUGGGCAUCCGAAUGGUGGUUUACACCAUGGAAAGCACAGCUUCCCGCCUUCGUCCCUCCCGCGGCCGCGGCCAGCGCACUGGUCGUAGCUAG